AUGAGCAAGCUCUUCGAACCCCUCCGCGUUGGCCGCAUGGAGCUCUCCAACCGCAUCGCCCUAGCCCCUCUAACCCGCUUCCGCGCCAACGACGACCACGUCCCCCUCCCCUUCGUCAAAGAAUACUAUGCCCAGCGAGCCUCAACCCCAGGCACCCUCCUCAUCACCGAGGCAACAUACAUCACCUCCCGCGCAGGUGGCUACCCCAACGUCCCCGGUAUCUGGAACGAAGCCCAGAUCGCCGGGUGGAAGGAAGUCACCGACGCCGUCCACGCCAAGGGCUCCUACAUCUUCGCCCAGAUCUGGGCUCUGGGCCGUGUGGCUCCCCCUCAGGGCGAAACCGCCCCAGUCUCCAGUAGCGAGACACCCGCGUCAGCGGAUAGUCCCGUGCCGCGCGCGCUGACGGACUCCGAGAUCCAGGAAUGGAUCCAGGAUUACGCGCAGGCUGCUAAGAAUGCCAUUGCGGCUGGGUUUGACGGCGUGGAGAUCCACGCUGCGAACGGGUACCUGAUUGAUCAGUUCAACCAGGAUAACUGUAACAAGCGUACCGACCGUUGGGGUGGUAGCGUUGAGAACCGGGCUCGGUUCGCUAUUGAGACUGUCAAGGCCGUUGUGGAGGCUGUGGGUGCGGACCGGACUGGUAUUCGGUUCAGCCCUUUCAGCACUUUCCAGGGUAUGAAAAUGCAGGACCCGGUGCCGCAGUUUAAGUACCUCGCGGAGCAGAUGAAGCCGUUUAAGCUUGCUUAUGCCCACGUCGUUGAGGCGCGCAUUGCUGGAAAUGUUGAUAUUGAGGCCAGCGAGUCAUUGGAUUUCUUUUUCCAGGCUUAUGAGAAGGCUAGUCCUAUCAUUGUUGCUGGUGGUUUCAAGCCGGAUUCGGCGCGUGAGGCGGUCGAUGUCCACUACAAGGACCAUGAUGUCUUGGUUGCGUUUGGUCGGUCUUAUAUUGCCAACCCCGAUCUGCCUUUCCGGGUGAAGAGCAACAUCCCUCUUACACCUUAUGAUCGGGACAUGUUCUACCGCCCGAAGGACCCUGUUGGUUACAUCGACUAUGAAUUCAGUCCUGAGUUCAAGGCUGCUCAGGCUGCCGAAGUCGCGGCUUGA